GAGGAGUAUAUGUGCGUAAAGAAAAGACCUUACGUCACAUGACCGCCUCUUACUCUCAAACCCGUCAUUUGAGGAAUAACGUAACAUCUUUCUAUUUUAGCAGAUCCGCCCGUUUCCUCCAAUGUGUUUAAAUUCAGAUUAAUCUAUAGGAUGCUAUUUAAACGAACGGAAGAAUUUUAGCGACAUUCUCGGAUUGAACUGGAGUUUGGUAUUCAAAGCAGCUGAGAUUGAAGUUUCUGUGCCUGUUUGCAAAGUGCAGGAAAAUAAUCAACGAUCAUCAUCAUGGCAGAAAACAACUUUCCUCCCCUGCCUCGAUUCAUCCCCCUCAGGCCAUGUUUUUACCAAGACUUCAAUGAGAUCCCAGACCAGCGUCGCACCAUGUGCAAGAGGAUCUACUACCUUUGGAUCUUGAAUAGUGCCACGCUGGCUGUUAAUCUGAUUGGCUGUCUGGCGUGGAUGUGUGGAGGCGGCGGAGCGACCAACUUCGGCAUGGCCUUCCUGUGGCUCAUCCUCUUCACCCCCUGCUCCUACGUGUGCUGGUUCAGGCCCAUCUACAAGGCCUUCAAGACGGACAGCUCCUUCAACUUUAUGGCUUUCUUCUUCGUCUUCAUGGCCCAGGUGGUGAUCAGUAUUAUCCAGACUGUUGGCAUUCCAGGCUGGGGAGUGUGUGGCUGGCUGGCUACCAUCACCUUCUUCAGCACCAACGUUGGUUCAGCUGUGGUCAUGCUGAUUCCCACCAUCAUGUUUACUGCGGUGGCUGUACUCUCCUUCAUCGCCCUCACAAAGGUUCACAACUUGUACCGUGGCAGUGGCGGCAGCCUGGGUAAGGCUCAGGAGGAGUGGACCACUGGGGCCUGGAAGAACCCCCACGUCCAGGAAGCAGCCCAGCAGGCGGCCAUGGGAGCUGCACAGGGAGCCAUGCAGCAGAACCUGAACCAGACCCAGACCCAGAACCAGAACCAGUACUCAGCAGCUCCCACCUACAACUACGACGACCCAAUGUAGGGCAGAGGAGGGGGCCGGGCUGUCAAGUGGGAGAGAUAAAAAGGGAUCAAUUAAGAACACAAUUCAGAAUUAGGUGCCCUUCAUUAUAACACUGUACAAGCUGAAUUCAACCAGAACAAUGUAGAGAAAAGUCAUGUUUUUGGUGGAAGUGUACUUUUAAUGAAUUGUGACACAAGUGGGAGUUAAUAAUUUAAGUCAGUUCACAUUUAAAUCAACAGCCAGUUAUUAUUAAAACACUGGGUUUUUUUUCCAUCUCUUAUGCUGCUCAAGUUUAGCCAGUCAAUUUGUGUUGCUUUCCAAUGGAGACACAUAAUAUAGCUGAAAACAAUCCCCUGAGCUUCAUCAGUUUAUUCAGGUAGGUUCAUCUGUGGUGAGCACAGAGUGACUCCUCUGCCUCUGUCACACUUUUAAACCGUCUUUUAAUUACCUUGAAUGUGUUUUUGUUUAUUUUAAAUGUACUGUAGUAGCUUUAUUGUUACCAGUUUACUUCCAUAUUAGCCUUGAAGGUCACCAAAUGAUAAAAAAAAACAUUUUCCCCUCUUAGUUGAUGUACUGUAGCUGUAGCUGACAAGUCUCAUUAAAGGGAUGGUUCGACAAUUUGGGAAAUAUUUGCUUCUUCGCUUUCUAGCUGAGAGUUGGAUGAGAAGACCACUCUGAUGUCUGUGAAGCAAAUAACUUCCUUUAAAUUUAGGGUACAAUCAAACCUUAACCAAGUUAUUUAUUAACAAGACAAUAUAAUCAACAUUUCAAAAUAUAAAAUAAUAGGAUUGAAUAGGUAGACGAAUAAAAAAUCUCAAAUAAUUGAUCUCUAAAACGAUUUAAAUCAGAGGACAUUUGCUGGACGUGAUAUUUACCACAAAAUGUUUCAAGCAGGUAUUUUUCCCAACUCAAAAAUGUUUAAAUCCCAGAGAAAACCUUUUACAGUUCAUGUCGUGGUGUCCUGAUUGUGUGUGUGUGUGUGUGUUUUUUACUGAUCGGAAGUUGCUCUGCGUCAGUAAAACUUUAAGUUUAAUUCAACAUUUAUUUUACUUUCUCAGGAAAGGUGUGAUAGAUCAAUUCUACCUGUGAAGCCCUUAAAGUGUCAACGUGUCGGGCUUUUGCCUCCUUUUAAUCACCAUUAUCCAACCGUCCGGGGUGUUUGGCUUCGUCAUUACCCACUGGUUAUGUGUUUAGCGGGUUGAUUUCAGUGAAAUGAAUUAAUGUUACAUGUUAAAGUGAAGCACAUGCAGUAUUUAGGAUUGCAGUUCAUUGGAUAAAAACAUUCCAAAUCAAUGUCGUAGUGAAAGAAAACCAAAACACUUGCAGGUUGGACAUACAGUAAAUAUUAAUAUUCAUUGUUGUAGGUGGUCAUAGCAUUGUAUAAGGUGAUGGAUGUUUUCACCCCUUUGGCAAAUUCUCCCACUUAUCCCUACAUGUAAAUGCUUAAAUGACUACUUGUUUCUGAAGAUCUGGAUUUCAGGCCUUAGUGUGUCAUUUCGUGGGUGUUGGUGUUAUUCUAUGAGUAGGUGUAAUAUGACAUUUAUAUAAAAGAAAAUAUAAAAUUCAAGCCAAUUAUUUCUUUAUGAGGUGAAAUUGAAAGAGAGAAUAUUUGUGUGUCGCCGUUCGCUCAGAGACAUCAGUGUCAUAUUGGUUUCAGUGUCACUGAAGUUUAAAAGUCUUCACGAUUCAGUAGAUGGUUAUUACAGUAACACAGUAUUAGAGUUGAAAACAGAUGUGAAGAUUCGUGACUGAAUGCUCGUUAUUUCAAAACCUGUGAGUCGUCUCGUCUGAUUGUGAUGAUGUGGUAUUCAAUAGGCUGUUUGUUGUUUUACUUUUGAGUUGUUGUCUUUUUGUACCAACCUAUUAUUAUUUGAUGUAUUUUGGAUGACGUGUGGAUGAGUUUGAAGCACAUGUUCGUUGUGUCUUUCCAUGGCCGUGGGUAACAGAUUUUAAGUUUGUUUUAUUUAUUGUAAUUUGUUUUCAUUUGAGAUGUUUUGCACCUGUUGACAUCAGUGCAAACUAAAUCCAUAGUGGAUCACAGUGGAGCAAUACUGACAUACAUAUAUUUAACAGUAGACUUAUUAGGAUCACGUGGCUUCCUGUCGUGCAGGCUUCAAACACAGACAUGAAUAGUAACGACCAUAACACAAACUGUUAUGGAUUUUAAAUGGGCCUGUUUUUAAGUUGGACACCACUACUAUCAUUUUACACCUGCAUUACAUUUUCACCAGCAGAUGCACACACAGUAGUUAUGAAGUAUAACGGUACCAUCCACACACUCUUCUGUUAGCAAAUGCACAAAGUUUAGCUCAUCAGUUCUAUAAAUGAAGUGUGAAGUCUGCAGAAGCAUGAACUAACAAGCUACUUUUCUCUGUGUGUAGUAAGUUAUCAAGGUGAAUUUUGGAUCUACCAUAUGUAAAUACAGCACAGUUAAUGUGAUUAUGGAAACUACGGCUGUAAAGUUAUUGUGCAGCAGGAACUGCAGUGCAUUUGAUAUUCUACUAAUACUCUGCAUUUCAUGUAUACAAGCUUCUUAAAAGCCAUUUCCCAUUAACUCCAUCAUGUUCCCACAUGUACUGUGUGUUUGAUAUGUAUUAUCAUGUACUAUAUCUUAACUAGAUAUAAAUAUAUAAUUACUUGAGGUGAGGUAUAUAUUUGCCAUGGAUAAACACAUUCAAUAGAAACAUGUUCUAAUUAGCUGAAUGAAACAUUUGAGGAGGCUGUGUCUCCAUGAGUGAAGUAAACGAGGAAUACAUUUUUGUGUAUUACUUUUGUAUUAUUUGGUCUUACCCUAAUAGAUAUUAAACAGUUCUUGUUGCA